CUUCGCUUUCGUUCCGGAAGGAAGGCAGGCAGGGGGGACGAAACGAGCCGCGGCUGGGAAAGGACUUUGCGCCCGGCCGGGAAGAGGCGUCCGCUCCUCCAGCUCCUGCUGCUGCUUCUGCCCUCCGCCCCCCCCCCCGGGCCGCCCUCCUUCCAAAUCCGGCACCCCCGGGGCUGGAGCCUCGCUUGCCAGAUUUCUAACAUGAGUUAUCCAGGGUAUCCACCUGCGAGCGGGUAUCCACCUGCGAGCGGGUAUCCACCCGCGGGUGGUUAUCCCCCAGCAAGCGGUUAUCCACCUGCUGCUCCGGGCAGUAAUCCCUGGGGUGCCCCCAGCUAUCCCCCCACGAACCCUCCUCCAAUUGGAUUAGAAAAUGUUGGAAACUAUGCUAAUCAGUUCAAUCCAGAUUAUAUGGCAGGCAUGGCUUCCAAUAUGACUACAAUGUUUGGUGGUGCCAAUGCGCCACAGGGAAUGUAUCCUUCAGCUCCUGGAGGCUACCCUCCUACAGCUCCAGGGGGGUUCGGACAACCACCACCGCAGGGUCAGCAGCCUUACGGCAUCUACCCUCCACCUCCCGGAGGAAAUCCCCCAACAGGGAUGCCAUCUUAUCCAGCAUACCCAGGUAGCCCGAUGCCUCCAGCAGCCACCCAGCAGCCUCAACCAGUGCCAUAUCCUGGGCAGCAGCCCAUGCCAAGUUAUCCAUCCGGUCCAGCUGUUAAUCCUUCGAUGCCAUCCUACCCGGGUUCUUCCAUGCCCAUCAUCACCCCUGGAGUCUCUGGAAAGCGAGGCACAGUCCAUGAUGCGCCAUCGUUCGAUCCUUUGAGGGAUGCAGAAGUGUUGAGGAAAGCUAUGAAAGGGUUUGGAACCGAUGAACAGGCCAUCAUCAACUGCCUUGGAAGUCGCUCGAACAAGCAACGACAGCAGAUUAUGCUCUCAUUCAAAACAGCUUAUGGGAAGGAUUUGAUCAAGGACCUGAAGUCAGAACUGUCCGGAAACUUUGAGAGGACAAUUUUGGCAAUGAUGAAGACACCUGUCCGCUUUGAUGUUCAUGAAAUCAAAGACGCUAUCAAGGGUGCCGGCACAGAUGAGGCCUGCUUGAUAGAGAUCCUGUCCUCUCGCGAUAACAAGCACAUUCAGGAAAUCAGCCGAGCCUACAAAGUGGAAUUUAAGAAAACUCUGGAAGAAGCCAUUAGAAGUGACACAUCUGGCCAUUUCCAGAGACUUUUAAUUUCACUUUCUCAGGGCAACCGAGAUGAAGGCAACAAUGUGGACAUGUCCCUUGUCCAGAGCGAUGUUCAGGCUCUCUAUGCAGCAGGAGAAAGCCGACUCGGGACCGACGAAUCCAAAUUCAACGCGAUUUUGUGCACAAGAAACCGAAGCCACCUAAGAGCCGUUUUCAAUGAAUACCAGCGAAUGUGUAACCGGGAUAUUGAGAAGAGCAUAUGCAGAGAAAUGUCGGGUGAUCUUGAAUCUGGGAUGCUGGCAGUAGUUAAGUGUAUGAAAAAUACACCGGCUUUCUUUGCAGAGAGGCUGCACAAGGCCAUGAAGGGAGCAGGAACCAAGGACCGGACUCUCAUACGCAUCAUGGUCUCGCGUAGUGAAGUUGAUCUGCUGGAUAUACGGCAGGAAUACAAAAGAAUGUAUGGGAAAUCUCUCUACACGGACAUCGCGGGUGACACUUCAGGGGACUAUCAGAAAAUCCUUCUCAAGCUGUGUGGCGGGAACGACUAA